UAGUAUCGGAAGCACAUGACUUGUUUGUGUUUGUUUAUGUUCAACACGUGUUGAUGAGCACAUGGUUGCAUACCUGGUUUGUUAUUGUAUGAUUUGAUUGGCUAUUGUAUGUCGCAAUGCAGGUAUUCUACCCGUUUGUACGAGGGUAGGAUCGUGAUUCUCGUGCAGAAUCUCAUUAUAAAUAUAAGAUAUUUUUAUAACCAGUUAUUCGAAGUUCUGCCUUUACAGAGUAGCAUACCUUCCGUUUCGUUAUACACAUAAUGACCGAAAACCACUCAGACGACGAGGACACUUUGCUUUUGCACGAGCCACCAGUACAUUCAGGUGCCAAGUCUAGUUCUGUACCACAGAUAAGUGAUCAAACUUUUGAACUUUUUACAUCUUAUUUUGAUAGUAAGAUUUCUUCUCUGAAGAACGAGUUAGUCUCCGGGAACGACUCCUUAGCUAAGAAGCUCAAGAAAGAGGUGUCUGUUAAGCUUAAGGGGGAAGGGAAUCAGAUUCAAUACUCCUUCAACUCAGAUAUAGUUUCCGAAUUGCAGAAACUUCAGAAGCGUACAUCCGCGGAAGAUUCCGUUAGCACCAAUUUGAUAUCGGGCCUUAUUCUUAAAAUCAACAGGAGGAAUAAAUUGAUUCGAAUUGCCGACAAGUCGCCAGCAGGCUGGUCCACAGUCAGAGAAUACGAAAGUGAUGACCUGGCAUCAGAUUCAGAAGAUGAAAAACGUUUACGGCAAGCAGAAAGCAGGGCCCUCAAGACAAUCAAAGAAAAGAAAACCCGUGGAAAACCUUACUCAAAACCGUCCGCCACCGUUUCUAGACCUGCCAACUCUACUGAUACUAGUAACAGUUACUAUCAGCCUUACAACGCUACUCAGCAGCCCUUUCCGAGGUUCCGUCGCCGCGAGGCGACCCCAUACGACACCUGUUACGAGUGUCACCAAACUGGCCACUUCAAGAGGAACUGCCCAAAAGCAACAAACAAACCAACCUUUGGAAACUUGUCAAAGUGAAAAGAUACAAGGUUUUGCAGAUGUUUUUAGUACUGGUCGUUGGUCUAAGGAUAAAAUACCACAGAAUGAAGCUCUUAGCAAUCUUGCAAAAUGUCUUCCAGAUUAUUGUUUAAAUUCUAGAGCUGAUAAUACUAGAAAGAAAUACAGAUUGUUGUUGAUUUUGAUUUUUAGUGGGAUGGAGUCCCGAUACGGUGUUUUGUUAUAUUGAGAAAAUUGUGUGAUUUACUAGGAGUAAUUUGAUGCAGAUGGAUGUUUGAAUGACAAUUGAAA